AUGAAUUCCACCAAGAAAACAGACGCUGCCAGUUCUGUCUUAAAGGCGCCCAGCUGCGAGAUUCUUCAAGCAGUCACUAUAUCAACAGACACAGAUGUUUCCCUUUCUUCAUACGAUGAAGCUCAGGGAUCCAAACCUCUUCGUAAAGCUAAAGAGGCACUAUUGGUACCUGUUGGAAUAGCAGGUUUUGCAGCACUUGUUACAUAUGGAUUACACAAAUUGAAGAGCAGGGGAAAUACUCAAAUGUCCCUUCAUCUGAUCCACAUGCGUGUGGCAGCCCAAGGCUUUGUUGUAGGAGCAAUGACUGUCGGUAUGGGCUAUUCCAUGUAUCGAGAAUUCUGGGCAAAACCUAAGCCUUAGAAGAAGAGAUGCUGUCUUGGUCUUGUUGGAGGAGUUUGCUUUAGUUAGACGUCUCAUUAUUGAAGUUAUGUGUUAUUGUGGAAAAUAAACUAUUUGAGUGGGUUUAGAUGGUAACACGGCAUUUUGAAUAUUGGCUUCCUUUCUUGCAGGCUUGAUUUGCCUGGUGACUGAAUUACUAGUGACUAGUUUACUAACUAGGUCAUUCAAGGAAAUCAAGUUAGCAUAAAAGAAACAU